GCUCGGCGCUCGGGCAAGGCGGCGCAUCGAUCGCUCGGCGCUUGUGAAGAGCGGUGUCUCAGUCGCGCGGCGCAUCGAUGACUCGGCGCUCGCGGCAUGGCCGGUCUCAUCAACUUCGAGGACGAGGAGGAGGUGAGGGGCUACCUGGAGAACCUGCACGUCGAGUACAGCUACCAGUGCUUCAAGGAGAAGGACCCGGACGGCUGCCAGCGCCUCGCCGACUACCUGGACGCCGUGAAGAAGGAUUUCGCGGCGGCGGCGCGGGUGCUGCGCGACAACUGCGAGGCCCACGGGCACAGCGAGAGCUGCUACAAGCUGGGGGCGUACCAGGCCAUCGGCAAAGGUGGACUCGACCUAGAUUUGAAAGCUGCCUACAACUCUUUUAUGAAGUCAUGUGAGAAAGGUGGGAAGAAGUCAGUAAAUGCAUGUCACAACGUUGGGCUCUUGGCCCAUGAUGGGAGAAUAAAUGAUGAUAAACCUGACCCCGUUGUCGCUAGGGACUAUUACACAAAAGGCUGUGAUGGCAAUUUUGCUCCUAGCUGCUUCAACCUCAGUGUAAUAUACCUCCAGGGAGCACCCGGGAUCCCAAAGGACAUGAACCACGCUUUGAAGUACUCGCUGAAAGGGUGUGAGCUGGGUCACAUAUGGGCUUGUGCCAAUGCCAGUCGAAUGUACAAGCUUGGAGAUGGCAUUGAGAAGAAUGAUGCUAAGGCAGAGGAGUUGAAAAACAGAGCAAAAAAGUUGCAUAAAGAACAGAAAGAAGCCUCAAGUUCUUUAAGAUUUGGAGAGUAAGCCUGUCAGUUGCAGUUAUUAAGACUGCAGUUUUAAAUGGCAAGUGAACUUGUUAUUUAAAUCAUGCACUUACACUUUUUAGUCAUAAUAAAUAAAUGUCCUGUAAGUAUUUGCAUAUGCAAAUAAACAUAUUUUUGUGGAUGCCACAAACAUGACCAACUGUGCUGUGCCUUUCUACAUUCUUAAAUACCCAAGUUCUUAAGUGCAUUGCUUAGAUUGCUCCUCUUCUUUAAGGACAACAAAAAUAUCUGACCUUGAAUUUUGCAUGGUUUCAAGUAUGAAAUUAGUCCAUAACAUUCUUUUUUUUUUUCUUCCUUGUGCUGCAAAUGUUUAUAACUAGGGACUGUAAUUCCGUCCUGGGUUCAGGCUGAAAACUUGCUGUUGUAUAAAGGUUUCUGCUGUUCAGCAACUGUCAUGAAUCCCGCAUAUUUUCUGAGCUAACCUCCAGCUGGAACAAGCACAGAUUUUGAUCCACUUUGAUAUGGUGUUUUAAGUUUGACUACUUCCACUUUAAAACCAUGCUUAUUUUGCUCUCUUUGGUCACAGAAAUACUGUCCUUUGCUCGUACUGUCAGGUUUGCUAAUGAGAAUUUGUUGAGGCUGCAUGUUGAUCCUGGACAGUGCUUCUUGUUGUCUGUGGCCUUUGCAGGCCCAGGGGAUGUGCUGUUUUAGGCCCUGAAGGUGUGACGCUUUUCCCUGGUCAGUUGAGGUUUAGAAACUUAAGUCACAUGUAGAUGGUGCCAAGCCCAGAACAGUAACGAGCCUGUAUGGCAGUGUGUACAUAGAGACAUCUCUGCCUAUAGAUCUUAGAAAUAAAAUAGACAGAAAAGAAAGGAACUAAAUUAGCUCUGCUGGGCAGAUGAGCUACAGAGGCGGAGCUUAAGAGAGCUGCCCCAGAUUGUAGAGGAAAGAAUUAAAAGAGAUAGGAAUUGGCCUAGAUCUGCUGAACUGCAGGCAAGUAUCCAAGGUAGGAGAUUCCCUUUCAGACAAGAUGUGCACACGAGUUUUAAAUACUUCUACUUGGAAUGUUAUUUUUACCACCUUGCCAAGUGGUUUGUUGCUGUAUAUCUGAGUGCCACCUGUGCCUGAGUCCUUUAGGAUCAUUCUCCAACACAAUGAUGAUCACCCCUUAGUCAACUACACACAAAUUGUUUUACUUUCCUGCCAGCCUCUGAAAUAUGUUCUAUUUUUUCGUAGUACAGAUUUGGGAAACAAGGUGCUAAGUGAUCAGGGUUUGGACUGAAAUCCAUAGCUUAUAUAUAUGCAUACUGUAAUGAAACACAUAUUCUGAAACAGCAGUCUAAAUUAGGACAGAAUAUAUAAAUGUAUUCAUAUACUUCUCCGAGCUUUUAUAAUUUUGGUUUGUAUAAAUAAAAGUUUGUGAUAUCUGUGUUUAUGUUUUGCUGUACAUUUACUGCUGAUAUAGAAUAUGAACGCUCUGGCUGUGAUCUGAGUAAAGAUACAAACUUCCUAUGGAAGUAAAUUAAGUGGGAGAAAAAACAACACUAAUUUGGCUAUUGCCACAGUUGAAAGCAGACUUGUUACAAUCUCAUAUGCUGUCUUGGACAGAGCACAUAAGGAUUAAAGCAGUUCCUCCAGCCUAACUGCCCUUUUAAUAGACUUGAAAGGAUAUGCUUCCUGCUGGAGUGAAACCCCAGCAGCGCAGCAAUGCAAUGGGUACUCUGUAACAACAGAUGGCGGUAUGUGAAAAGCAUUCUUGCCCAUCGUGGCUCUUGUUUACAGCUGCCUGCAAGGAAAAUAGGUGACAAAAGUGAGAUUAAUUUUUCUGUUAACAGCGGCUAAUAUUUUAUGGCUGUUCAAGAAGGUCUUUUAGAGGAACACACUUGGCCUGAUUCUUUGCUAGGUACAACUCUGGGCAUUUGUUUCACUUGGGAAGGUAAGUAAAUGCUACCUCUGCUGAGUGUAACGACAUAGUAAUAAAACAGUUUGGAAGCCGUGAGUACAGAAUAAGGAAUUAACGGUGGCUCAAGGUGUUGGAAUAUUGGAUG